AUGGCAGUGGUGGGGCGCAAGAGCGCCCCCUACAGGCCCUUCCGACUCCGGCUGCAGUUGAGGUUCCUUAACCGUCCCAGGGGGGCGUUCUCUGUGGUCCGACGCUGUGUCAAGCUCUGCACCGGCCACGAGUAUGCAGCCAAGAUCAUCAACACCAAGAAGCUGUCUGCCAGAGAUCACCAGAAGCUGGAGAGAGAGGCUCGAAUCUGUCGCCUUCUGAAGCACUCCAACAUAGUGCGUCUGCACGACAGCAUCUCCGAGGAGGGGUUCCACUACCUGGUCUUCGAUCUGGUCACUGGUGGGGAGCUAUUUGAGGACAUUGUGGCGAGAGAGUACUACAGCGAGGCGGAUGCCAGUCACUGCAUCCAGCAGAUCCUGGAGGCGGUUCUCCACUGCCACCAGAUGGGGGUCGUUCACAGGGACCUCAAGCCAGAGAACCUGCUCCUGGCCAGCAAGUGCAAGGGGGCCGCAGUGAAGCUCGCAGACUUUGGCCUGGCUAUCGAGGUGCAGGGGGACCAGCAGGCAUGGUUUGGGUUCGCUGGCACGCCGGGCUACCUGUCUCCAGAGGUCCUGCGCAAGGAAGCCUACGGCAAGCCAGUGGAUAUCUGGGCAUGCGGGGUGAUCCUGUACAUCCUGCUGGUGGGCUACCCCCCCUUCUGGGAUGAAGACCAGCACAAGCUGUACCAGCAGAUCAAGGCUGGCGCCUAUGACUUCCCGUCCCCUGAGUGGGACACAGUCACACCCGAAGCCAAAAACCUCAUCAACCAGAUGCUGACCAUCAACCCUGCCAAGCGCAUCACUGCGCACGAGGCGCUGAAGCAUCCGUGGGUCUGCCAACGCUCCACGGUGGCCUCCAUGAUGCACAGGCAGGAGACGGUGGAGUGCCUGAAAAAGUUCAAUGCCCGAAGGAAGCUCAAGGGAGCCAUCCUCACCACCAUGCUGGCCACCCGGAAUUUCUCAGUGGGCAGACAGACCACCGCUCCAGCCACAAUGUCCACCGCGGCCUCCGGCACCACCAUGGGGCUGGUGGAACAAGCCAAGAGUAUGCUCAACAAGAAGGCAGACGGAGUGAAGCCCCAGACGAAUAGCACCAAGAACAGUUCAGCUGCCACCAGCCCCAAGGGGACACUUCCUCCGGCUGCCCUGGAGCCUCAAACCACCGUCAUUCAUAACCCUGUGGACGGGAUCAAGGACUCACCCGACAGCACCCACACCACCAUAGAAGAUGAGGACACCAAAGCGAGGAAGCAGGAGAUCAUCAAGAUCACAGAGCAGCUCAUUGAGGCCGUCAACAACGGCGACUUCGAGGCCUACGCGAAAAUCUGCGACCCAGGCCUGACCUCAUUUGAGCCUGAAGCUUUGGGCAACCUGGUCGAAGGGAUGGACUUCCACAGGUUCUACUUCGAGAACUUGCUCGCCAAAAACAGCAAACCGAUCCACACGACCAUCCUGAACCCGCAUGUGCACGUCAUCGGGGAGGACGCCGCCUGCAUCGCCUACGUCCGCCUCACCCAGUACAUCGACGGCCAGGGCCGGCCCCGCACCAGCCAGUCCGAGGAGACCCGCGUGUGGCACCGCCGCGACGGCAAGUGGCAGAAUGUGCACUUCCACUGCUCGGGGGCGCCCGUGGCCCCACUGCAGUGAAGAGCCCACGGAUCCUGCCUGGCGCCCGGCCGCCUGGUGCACGGCCUGCCUGUCGCAUGUUUGUGUCCGCCUCUUCCCCCCGGUGCCUGUGUCUGCAGAAAACCAAGACCAGAUGUGAUUUCUUUUUAAAAACAAGAUGACAGCAACCACCACAAAAAAAGAAAAAAAAAAAUAGAUGGAUGAAAUGGAAAAAAAAACUAAACAAAGGAAAAAGCUGUAAAAAUGACUGGCAUUUGUGGGGCUUCAAACCUACUGGCCACUCUCCACCCAAGCUCCACUUGUCUGUCCGCUCUUGGCCUCUGGACCGCCGGCGGUGAACUUGUCCAGGGGCAGGCCUGUGCCCUAACGGUGUUUGUUCGAUGGGGCCCACCCCUCCACCCUGCGCGUGGUGGGUAGUGUCAGGUGUCGUCUCCGGAGCUGCGGGGCCACCGCCUGAGCCCUGAGCGCAGCUGUUCCGCUUCUUUCCCCUCCCCCCCAGAAGGCGGGUGUGGGCUCCUCCAGAGCCAGCACCCGUGCCCCACCGUGGGGGGGCAGCGCCAGCCCCCAGGGAGGAUGAGCCCUGUGAGAAGCCCCCAAGGGCCCAGGGCCCCUCUCUGGCUCUCCCAGGGACAGAAAGUGCAGAUGGGCACAACUAGCUUCAGACUCUGGCCCCUCAGACUCCAGCUGGCCAGCUACAGACUAGCCGGGAAAACACCCUCGGCAGCAGCCCUGCGGGGAGAGGACCCGUGGGCUGGCCUCCCUCCUGUUCGUGGGGCAUUCCUCCGACACAGAGGGACAUGGGCCCCAGGCCCCAGGCGCAGCGGGGCUUAGUUCUGACACAGGAAA